CCGAAAUCGCGUGAAACCCGAUCCUCCAUGGAGAAUUACACCUCGGACUCCAGCGAUUCGGAUUCCAGCGUGAAGACACUGGAUCUGUCCUAUCUGAUGCUGGAUACACAUGUGUUGCACGAUCAUUUCGUGAACGCGAAACGGCCGGAGCACGUGGACACGUUGCUGCUUCACCGGAACCGCCUGACCAGCAUUCCACGGAGCAUCGUCAGAUUCACAAACUUGAACUCGUUGUCGAUAUCGAACUGCAGAUUGCGUCAACUGCCGGACUUUCUCGGUGACUGCCCCUUGUCCUGCCUCGUAGCCAAACAGAACAAUCUAACGAACGACUCCCUGCCCAAGAGUUUCGAGAACCUGUCGGGUCUUCGUGAGCUGAACCUCAGCGGGAACCGACUGACAGACUUUCCGGAGCAAGUGCUAGAGCUCACGGAGAUUAAGUACCUUUACUUGGGGGGCAAUCAAAUCAAUGAGAUCAGCAAGGAUGUUUGGAAGUUGCAAAGAUUGCACGUACUGUCGAUGGGAGGCAACCGAUUGACGGAAGUGCCAUCGACGCUGGGCCAGCUGAAGUCGCUGCAAGCGUUGGUGCUCUGCGACAACAUGUUGGACACUUUGCCAAGUUCCAUAGCAAACUUAACUAGCCUGAAAUCGUUGCUGCUUCACAAGAACAGACUUAGGACACUGCCUACCGAGAUCAUCAGGUUAAAGUGUUUAACCGAGUUAUCCCUCAGGGACAAUCCCCUUGUAGUCAGAUUCGUCUCGGACAUGACGCACAAUCCUCCGUCUCUCCUUGAACUUGCCGCCAGGGUGAUCAAGACCAGCGACAUUCAGUAUGACGGGGAAACUAUACCGAGAAACCUGGUGGAAUAUCUAAAUAGCGGUCACUGUUGCGUCAAUCCGAAGUGUAAAGGUGUCUUCUUCAACAAUCGUGUGGAACACGUCAAGUUUGUCGAUUUCUGUGGCAAGUACCGUUUGCCCUUGCUGCAGUACCUUUGCAGCAGAAAGUGCAUAGAGUCUCGUGAUGGGGACGAGGUGGUCAGCGGCGCGAUGAUCAGAAAAGUACUCCUUGGCUGAUCCUCGAUUGGAGUCUCCUAUAUCGACGAGCUCAUCGUUCAUCGAGGAU